UAUUUCAGAAUUUUGAAAAAAUUUUCGAAAAUUUUUUUUUUUCAAUUUCAUAUUCCGAUCCGAAGAAAAACAGUAAAUGGACAGUAAAAUAAUUCUGGCCAAUCUAGAAUUAAUUUUGCUGCAGAAAAUAAAAUUUACUGUAUAAAAAAUUAUUUCCUGGGCUAAAUGGACCAUCCUCAAUAAAAAGUGAAAAAACGUUUUUUUUAUUUAAAAAAAUUAAUGAAUAUAAUAAAAUUAUUUACAUGUAAUUUCAAUACUGAUAGUAAAAGUCGGCAACAAUACAAAGAGUUCCCUGAUCAUGACUUUCUGAAAAAAAAUUUUGAAAAAAAAUUUGACGACACUUAAAAUUCCGGGAUAAUAAAUUAUUUAAAUUUCACCUGGGAAUUCUACAAAAAAAUGGUGAAAAAAGUAGUAGAUAACGAUCAAGAACAAUUUUGUGUAAAAAAAAAUUUUUACCCAAUUUUUAAGAUGGUCCGUUUUGCCCUCCCUCCCUCUAUAAGUAUAAAAAUAUUGAUUAUUUCAUUUUAGUAUAGCUUAUGAUACCUACAAGAAGUAUACCUGACAAUUAUUGAUUUAACUAACGUUGAAACCCUCGUAUUUUGAGGCAGUUGCGUAAAAUAAUGACAAUAAUGUGGAGAUAAUACUUGACUAAUGUAAAAUAAUAAAAAAAAAUUAAGUGUGUAAAUUAAAAUAUGAAAUUAUUUGAUCGUCUAGCUCAUGCAUUAGGGCUGAAGAAAAAAGAAGUUAAUGUAUUAGUUGUCGGACUCAAUAAUAGUGGUAAGUCAACGGUGAUAAAUCAAUUCAAACGCGAGGACGACAGGUGCAUAGACAUUGUGCCUACUGUUGGGUUUAAUGUGGAAAAAUUCGCAUUUAAAAAUGUUCACUUUACAGCAUUCGAUAUGUCUGGACAUGACCGAUAUCGAUCAUUAUGGGAGCAUUAUUACAAAGAAUGUCAAGGAAUUAUUUUUAUUAUCGAUAGCAGCGAUAAAUUACGACUUGUUGUUGUUAAAGAAGAGCUAGACAUGUUACUUCAACAUCCAGAUAUUGUUGGACGAAAAAUUCCUAUGUUGUUUUUGGCAAACAAAAUGGAUUUGCCGGAUUCAUUAACAACUGUUAAACUUGUGGCAGCUCUUGGACUUGACAGAAUUCAUAAUAAACCCUGGCACAUACGAGCUACGAAUGCCGUUACUGGAGAAGGAUUACAAUCAGCUAUUGAAUGGCUUACUGAUCAAAUUCGUGACAUUUUUAUUAAUAAAAAAAGAUAAUAAUAAUGAUAAUAUAAUUUGUAUCUACUUUUGUAAAUAAUGAUUAGUAAAGUGGAAGCUUGAUUUCUUGAAAUAAAUAUUAU